GUUCAUCAGUUGAAUAAGCCACAUUAAUAAAUUUCAAUAUAUUUAAGCAUUCAUUAAAAAUAAUCUAACUUUGGGGGUACCUGGGUGGCUCAGUUGGUUGAGUGUCCUUCUCUCAGUCUUGGCCAUGAUCUCACAGUCGUGAGACUGAGCCCCACAUUGGGUCCACGCUCACAGUGCAGAGCCUGCUUGGGAUUCUCUCUCUCCCCAUCUCUCUGCCCUUCACCUGCUCAUGCUCUUUCUCUCUCAAAAAAAAUUUACUUUUAUUAUUAUGGAAAAUUCCAAACUUACAAAAGUAGAUAGGGAAGAGUGGGGAAGAUGACCUGAUAGGCAGGAUCUGGACAUUUUUCACCUGAUAAAAGACUGGAAAUUUUCAUUCCUUUCAGUUUAACAACUUCAGCUGCGUAUGUGGGAACGAUCCCUCACAUUACUUUCAACAAUUAAAACCAACAAUCAUUUCCCUAAAGGAAAACUUAAAAGUCUCCACAAUUUUAAAAUGUCGUAACAGUAAUGAUUGCUGGGAGCAAAAUAUCAAAUGAUAUAAUUCUAUUUCCCUUCUCAUUAUCUUUCUGUUACUCUUCACUCCGUGAUCUCCAAGGGUGCCUACAAUCACACGGAAAAAUCUGACUCACUGAAGAACAACCUCAGCAGAAUUCAUUUUGUCCAUUUUCUAAGUCUAAGUGGAUUUUUAACAUUUUCUCAGCAUAGAGAGAAUAUAGAAGCAAAUGCUUGGAUGACAGUAUGUAUUAGUGUAUUUUGUUAUUUUGUGUUCCUGGCAAUAUUUUUAUUUUUAUCUUAUUUUUCAAUAUAUACCUGGCUAGACUUGGUGAAUCAAAGGCACAGCUAGUGUUAAAAGAUGCUGCAUUAAAAUAUAUAAUCAUUGCCGGAGAAUGAGAAGACAAGCCACAGACUUGGGAAAAUAUUUGCAAAAGGCAUAUCUGAUAAAGGACUGCUAUCCAAAAUAUACAAGGAAUGCUUAAAACUCAACAAAAAGAAAACAAACAACACAAUUAAAAAAUGGGCAAAAUAUUUGCGUAUACACCUCCUCAAAGAUACAGAAGACAAAUAAGCAUAUGAAAGAUGCCUAGCAUCAUACUGUUGUUCAGGAAAAUGCAAAUUAAAACAACCCAUUAGAAUGGCCCAAACCCAGACCACUGACAACACCAAAUGCCAGUGGGGGAGUGGAGCAACAGGAACUCUCAUGCGUUGAUGAUGCGACUGAAAAAGAGCACAGCUAUUUUGGAAGGGAGUUUGGCGGUUUCUUACAGAACAAAACCAAUCCUUACCAUACUAUCCUUCAAUUGCACUCUGUGGUAUUUAUCCAAAGGACUUGACAACUUACGUCCACACAAAAAUCUGCACAACAGGUAUUUAUAGAAACUUUGUUCACAGUUGCCAAAACUUGGAAAUAACCAAGAUUUCCUUACUAGGGGAAUGGAUAAACAAACUGUGGCCUAUCCAGACAAUGGAAUGUUCUUAAGUGCUAAAUGGAUAUGAGCUAUCCAGCCAUGAAAAAGCAUGGAGGAACCUUAAAUGAAUCUUCUAAGUUAAAGAAGCCAGUUUUGAAAAGGCUACUACUGUAUGAUUCUAACUGUAUGACAUUCUGGAAAAUGCAAAACUAUGAAGACAGUAAAAAAUCAGAGGUUGAUGGGGUGGGGUUAAGGAGAGGACUUUCAGGGCAAUGAAAAUAUUCUGUAUGUUACUCUCCUGGUGGAUACGUGCCAUUAUAGAUUUUUCAAAACCCAUAAAAUGUACAGCACCAAGAGUGAACAGUCAUGUAAACUAUGGAUUUUGGAUGAUAAUGAGAUGUUAGUUGUAACAAAUGUAUCACUGGUGGCAGCAGAGAAAGGCGCUGAAAUCUCUGACUGUAACGAUUAUAAACUUCAAGAGAUUAGGGAUGUUGUAGGUCAUAUUCACACUGAUUCCCUAUUGCCUGUGGCGGUACUCGACACAUGAUCAGAGGCAAGAGAGCUGGAACGAGGACACUCACAGCUUUUUGCUUUUGUUUCCACCAAUUUGACAUCAUACAUGGCUACUGAUGGCAAUGCUCUUCAGGUUCCCUUGCGUCAGAAGCAGAGAAAGAAAACUCAAGGUUUUUUCACGAUGAGUCGGAGGAGGAUAUCAUGUAAAGACCUGGGACAUGCUGACUGCCAAGGGUGGCUGUAUAAGAAAAAAGAAAAAGGAACUUUCCUAAGCAACAAAUGGAAAAAGUUCUGGGUGGUGCUGAAGGGAACGUCGCUCUACUGGUACAGCCACCAAAUGGCAGAGAAGGCCGAUGGAUUUGUCAACCUGCCCGAUUUCACUGUGGAGAGAGCUUCUGAAUGCAAGAAAAAGCAUGCUUUUAAGAUCAGCCAUCCACAAAUCAAGACCUUUUAUUUUGCAGCUGAAAAUGCACAGGAAAUGAGUGUGUGGUUAAACAAGCUUGGAUUAGCUGUAAUCCAUCAUGAAACUGUUACAAAGGAUGAAGAAUGCUACAGUGAGAGUGAACAGGAAGACCCUGAAAUAGCUGUGGAGACACCACCCCCUCCUUACUCUGCGGAGACUUUCGCUCCUUUGGCUACACAGCAGGCAUCUUCAUCUUCACCCAAACUGAGUGACACGUCACGUUCUUCCUCUUCCUUGGAAAAUACAGGAAAGACACACAGCAGUUUGGCCUCCUCCUUAUCUAGAGAAAGACAGUCCUGGAUCGACAUAGUUAAUAGUUCUGCUGCUGCUGACGAUGAGGGACAGUCUAUAACACUUGCCGUAAAUGUUCACUCACCUGCACCCUCAGAGGCAAACAGUCGCAAAGCCCUGGAAAACAGCUGUGCCACAUCGGAAAGUGAAUUUUUGAACUCUUUGUCUAGUGAUGACACUUCUUCAUUGAGUAGCAACCUGGACCAUCUUACUGUCCCAGACAAGCCCACUGGAUCAAAGAUGGCGGACAGAGAGGAAACAAAGGUGUCUGAAGAUGACGAAAUGGAGAGACUCUACAAAUCGUUGGAGCAAGCUAGUCUCUCUCCUCUCGGGGACCGACGGCCUUCAACCAAAAAGGAGCUGAGAAAGUCCUUUGUGAAGCGAUGUAAGAAUCCAUCCAUAAAUGAGAAACUUCACAAAAUCCGAACCUUGAACAGCACAUUGAAGUGUAAAGAACAUGACCUGGCCAUGAUUAACCAGUUGCUGGACGAUCCGAAGUUGACAGCCAGAAAAUACAGGGAGUGGAAGUUGAUGAACACCCUGCUGAUCCAGGAUAUCUAUCAGCAGCAGCGGGCCCCCACGUCUGCCCACGAGGGCACCCCCCAGGGACUCGAGAAACCACCUUCCUCUGCCCAUGUUGGAAAUUCUAUCUGAGAACAAGCCAACACUCUCUCCCCUUUGAUCGUACCCCGAGCAGCUCUUCAAGAUGUUGCGAGAGCUCUCCUUAAAAGGAAAACUGAAACCAAUUCCUCAAGGGGUGGCUACUCCUCUAAAGACGCGACUUAGGUGAGGACCUACUGUGUUGGCAACAGGAGCCCUCCUUCCGGUGGCAGUGCUUACAUGGAGACUGGAGAGAUUGAGCUCAGUUGAACAAACACCGUGUCCCUCCUAGGAGCUCAUGGUUAUGCUAGGCUUUAGGUGGGAUGUGAGAAAUGUGUAUUCUGUUCUUCGCCCUCAAGAGAACGACAGCGGGACGAAGAUUCUAAUGGACAAAGAUCACGUUCUACCAAGGAUAAUUAUUCAUAGAAGUGUUGUGUUUUCCAAAAGAAGAAUGUAAGGAUGUACAUAUUCCACUGGGUUGGGUAGUUGAAUUCUUCGAAUCAUUUAUGUUUUGAGGGGAGGAAUGUGUUUUGUGGCAGCAACUGGAACGAGACAGUUGUGGUGUUGUGGAACCAAAACCUCUUGCCUUUGGUCCAGAAUGGUGGUGCCUUUUCCGUGAGCUGAGAAAUACUUCAGAGCGAGUGGUGUGUGGGAGAGUCCGAGGAGGAGGUGUGCCCUAUCUUCCCACUCUCUCAAAGGACAGCUUGAUGUUUCCACACUCUACCCAGGUGGGGGGGAUCUGAUUAAAGUUUCCUUUCCACAGAGCAGCUACAGAAAUACGUUUCAUUACACUUUGAGACCUCCACUCCCUCCUAGCCUUUCUAAACCACUGUAGGAGAUAGAAAUAAGUCCAGCAGGGAAUGCUUGCUGCGUUCGUCCCUGGGUGUGGUGCCUCUGCACAGUGUCAAUUUAUGUCCAGUUUCCCCAGGAUCAAGAUUGACAAGACGAUUCUGGUGUCUGAAUGGUUUUGAUAUCCUGACUCCAGAAAACCCAAUGAAAACAACAAAAGAGUUAAAAUAUGAUUAUUUUAUUUUUGUAUGUUUAUGUCUCACUUCGGGUCCUCUGUGAAUAGCUCUCUAUAAUGUUUGUUAUUUAAGUAUAUUUAUAGAAGGUCAAAUUACUAGUGUUGUAAAAGAUGGUAAUUAUACUUUUUGCUCAAUGUAUAUUCUCUAAGUAUAUACUUUUUUGCUUGAGAAAGUAGGAAUACUGUUGAUUCACUGGAGUUAUUAUGUUGCACUAUGCUGUAUGAGGAAUGCUCAGGAUAUCUUGUGGGAUAAAUACGGAGGCAUGCGUUAAUAAUCUUCCAUUUUCUGGCUUCUUUCUCUUUCUCUCCCUCUCUUUCUCAACCCAGAGUGCUCAGAUUUCUCUAUCUGUGGUCAGGCAUUCUUUUAACCAGAAAAGGAUUUUCAUCUUAGGUUAUUUCUUGUAGUGAAUAAACUUUGUAAGCUUUAUGCCAUUUAUGCCCACAAGCCCUAAACCAAAUGAAACACAGCUAAUAUGGUGUUUUGUCUAAGGUCUAAUAGAAAUUUUGGGGUCUGUUAAAGAGAACUCGUUUUAUUACUAAUUACUAAUCAUGAAUAUUUCUUAUAAGAAUAACCACAACCCAGCAAAAACCCAGUUUGGCCUUACCCCUAGCAAAUGGUCAGGCUAACACAGUGUGCUUUAUAGAGACAAAGUGUGGCUUGACAUUCAAGUGGAAAUAACCCGUCUUUUUUAAUCUGCAAACUAGAUGGAAAUCGUUGUUGAAUAUUUCCUCAAGCUUUACUCAGAAGUGUUAAUACUUUGUAAACAACAACAAUCCUCGUAUUAAGAAAGAAAAAAAACAGGAAACAAGUCAGAGUACUAGAAGCUUUUGUAAGAUAAAAGAUUAUGUCAGUCCCUAUGGCCCAGUAAACAUUUAAGGGGACCUAUCCCAAGUGGAGUGUGCUGGGCCAAGGACUCCCCGGAAGAGGGGGUCUGGCCCCGGUGAAUGUUCUGUUGGCCCCAGCUCUGGAUGCAACCAUACAGGUCCUCAGAUUAGACCCCGAAGCUCCUGCUUUGAGAGGCCAGUGCUUUACUGUCUUUACUCUGGGAAUCAUCACUGAUUAUUUCUACAAUUAGCAGCUAUUAGAAGGUUAAUUGUUUAGGAUUCACAGUGUAAACAGAUUGUUGAGAGAAGGAGACAUAAUAAUGGACAUAAUAAUUCAUAAUUCUACCUUCUUUCCUUUGGCUUGAAAUACUAACCUAUAAACUUUAAAACAAUUUUUCUAAAUUGAGGUGCCCCAGAAGCUUUUGGCCCGGGCUUGUGAAUACACCUCAGUGCUUUACUUUGGCUUUGGCUUUUCAUGAAUACACGCUUAGGUGACCGUGUAGGGUAAAUUCCUUAGGAGCACUCCAAAUUAAAGGCAAAAGAGGUCCAUGAGAUUGCUGAAUUAAACCUUUCAGUUACUUUUCAAAGUCAGGUUAGUCUAGAAGCUUUGGCUUUGUUAAAGCACAUACUGUGCAGAAUGUCCCCCAAUGAAAGUGAGAUCCAACUGCCCCGUCCUGCCCCCUCUCUUCUAGACCAGGCUCACCUGGUUAGUGUUUCACCCUCUGAAAACACUUUCACUCUGCAUCGCUUUGUGUUAGGAAGUAAGGGGCUGCCUCUGUGAGGUCCCAGCUUCAGCUGUGGCCACUAAGAGGAAGUGGAGGGUAGUGGGAAGUGACAGGAAGAAUGGGUGACACUUUCCCUGACACUCAAUUUAGGAAUAACUCAGCCUUGUUGUUGUUGUUGUUUCAAAGGAUAUUAGGAAAACUGGAUUACUUCAGUUUAUUCCUGAGGGUUAGGUCAUCUCUGCAAUGGAUUUUGGGUAGUUUCAUGGGGUUCACAGGGUAACUCUUUUGCCCAUUCCUGUAGAUGUAGGGUCUGAAGGCUGUGUAAUGACCCAGAGCCAUGCCAGCUCAGGAAGCAGAGAACCUGAGUGUAAUCAGGUCCGAACCUGUGGCACCUGCUGUGGAUUAGGAUCUGGAUGGGACUCCUCUUUGGGGUUGUGUGGAGGACCAUUUCUCUCUAUUGUUAGCCUGUAGACCCAAACUAGUGCCUGAUAGGGUACCUCCGUGGCUGGAACUGCAGCACGCGCUGAAUCGAAUGGUCCCACACUUGAAGGGCAUCUAUUACUUUUAAUAAGUUUUUGUUCCGGCACAAUCUCAGCUUGGCAUCAAAGACCUAAGAAGAAUCAUAAGGUAUAUAUUACUGCCAAGACUCCCAGAAGCCUAAGAAAGAUUAUGUUUGGAGUCAGAUUUCAGUGUGAAACCCAAGCCUUAUAUUUACGUAGCACUUUGUUGUUUGCACGUAUGCGUGUUUCAGGCUUCCGUCCCUUUCCCUCCCCCGUGGUCUUGGUGGGAUGGCUGUGGAUGAUCACUCCUCCUUUUUUGACAGGGAGGAAAGAAACUCCUCCCAUCUCUCUCAUUCUUCUCUCUCCCGGUUCCUUGCGCAGUCACUCUUGGGCCCCAGCCCUGUGACGUGCAGUGGCCACGUGCAUGCGUGGCCGGGGUGGCUUUUGUGAAGUCAUCGGCUGGGAGCCUGAGGGGAGGCUCUUUUACUUGAGCACGGUCUCUUCCCCAGGGCUGAGGGGCUGCUGCCCUUCCUGCAGCAGCCGACUGCUGGGUUGACCAUGAGUUGCGGUGUGACCCAAUCACUGUGCUUCCUUUUCCUUCCUUCUGUAACUUCCAUGCUUGUUGGGUGCUGUGAGAUCUGUGGAUGAAAGAGGUGGUUGAAGAAAUGGAGAUCAUUUGUUUUCCUCUAAAAGCCAGUCGCAGAUGGAGUCUGGUGACUCGGGGUUAGGCCCUCAGCCUUCCUCUCCCAGUUUCUUCUCCUGCAGCAUUUUGAUACAAAGCCAUGCAGAAGAUGUGGGUAAUUUAGGUCCAGAGGAUGCCCAUCCAAAACAGGCCAGUGUGUUAAAAAUAACCAAUAACUUUUGGUUCGUUUUAGGGUGUAUCUCUUCUUCAGUCUAUUAGAAUAUGAUAUUUGAGAGUCCAAUUUAUUUUCCUUCUAAUUUUUUGUGUACUUACCUCGCAAGAGAAAUCGAGUCCUAGAAAUGUCAGGUGGCCGCCCUGCUAGGGUUUUGUAAUAUGUAAUGAAAAAGGAAAGCCCCUGAAACUGAUUUUUAACAACCCAUAUGAAGCGGGUUAGGGAGCAGGAAUAAUUCCAGCCGUCACAGAAAGCUCUUCUCUCUGAACAGGAUUUUGACAGCUCUGUGUUCUUCUAGGUUGUGAGACAGGAAGCAAUUUCCCUGCUUCCUCUGCACAUUUUUACUCUUCCCCAUUCUACCAUAGACCACAGAAGACAUUAAAAAUGAUUCUCCGUUAAAAACCAAGUUUGUCCGUAUCUCUUCCUGUGAGACUUAACUGCACUAUAUUGCUAUUUCUUCAUGUUGCGUCCAAAGGGGAAGCAUGCCCCGUGGACACGUUUAGCAUCCCAUAAUAAAAACCAGAAUUUUUAGUCACCGUAGACUUUAAUGUCCUUGCAUGAUGCGGAUGUGACUGUUAGCGCUGCAUGGUGUUUGGGGCAAGAUGAUAAUGUGGAAAUGACACCUUCAAUGUCAUUGUGCUUUCGUUCUCUGUCACCUAUCCUCUUUGAACAGAAAAAAAAGAGGCACGGCUCAUUUCUUCUGCUUUGUUUUUUGAGAGUGACUUGUAAGAUACAAAUAAAAACAAGAGAAAAUAUAUCUAGUAAAAUGACAUGGAAAAAAUA